UCGCUCUCUCUCUAGACGACGCUCCUCUCCUCCUACCGAUCCAUCAUCCGUCAUCGUCCACAUCGAACCUCCCCCCACCCAACCCUCGACCCUCAACCGCCAUCCAUCGCCAUGGCCUCCGAGCAGGACGGCGCCGCGGUCUUCCCCGACGAGGAGGACCUCGACGACGACGACGACGACAGCCAGGACGACGACGAGGAGGACGCCGACGAGGAGGAGGAGGAGGAGCUCCUCCCCAACCGCGCCGUCCUCCCCGACGACGACGACGACGUCUUCGACGACGACUCCAACUCCGCCUCCACCUCCUCCUCCCUCCCCACCGCCACCCCGCUCGACGCCCUCCUCCCCAUCCCCCUCCCCCUCCCCCUCCCCCUCCCCGCCGCCUCCUCCUCCUCCGCCGUCACCGUCGCCGUCCCCGCCCCACUCCGCCCCGAUCCCCUCCCCGCCGUCGUCCCCCCUCCCGCUGCCCCCCAGCCCCCCUCCUCCUCCUCCGCCGUCUCCAUCGCCGCCCCCGCCGCCUCCCCCGUCCCCCCGAUCGUCGGCACCAUCUCCCCCUCCGAGCUGAAGCGGCCGUCCCCCGCCGUGACGACCGUCGCCAAGCCCCUGUUCCAGCGCCUCUGGACCGACGAGGACGAGAUCGAGCUCCUCCGCGGCUUCCUCGAGUACACCACGCAGCGCGGCGGGGCUCCCUCCGGCGGCCACCACGACACGGCCGCGUUCUACGACCAGAUCAAGUCCAAGCUCCAGCUCGAUUUCAACAAGAACCAGCUCGUCGAGAAGCUCCGCCGGCUUAAGAAGAAGUACCGGAACGUGAUCGGCAGGAUGAGCUCCGGCAAGGACUUCGCCUUCAAGAGCCCCCACGACCAGGCCACCUUCGAGAUCUCCCGCAGGAUCUGGACCAACGUCGCCGCCGCCGCUCCCGGCUCUAACAACGAUCCCAUCGACGACGAGGACGACACCGUUCGGAACCCUAAUUUCAAUAAUCACCUUUUCAGCACUCCUAACCCUAACCCUUUUUUCGAUCCGACGACCACGCCCACAAAGUCGCGCAAAAGGCAGCGUCCUCCGCACCCACAGCCUCAUGCACAGCAGGUGCAGGUGCACCUACAGCAGGUGAAGGUGGAGGAGAGGAAUUUAGGGGUUGAUGGUCCCACCGUAUCGAAUCAUGCAAAUCAGAAUUUGAAUCUGAAUGCGAAUGCAAGUGCGAAUGCGAAUGCGAAUCCCAAUGUCGCCGGAGUGAUCGAGGAUACUGUGAGGAGCUGCUUAUCGCCCUUGUUUAAGGAGUUGUUGAGCGGGGCCGCGAUGGGCGGGGGAUUUGGCGGUGGGGGAUCAAGAGGAGGGUUUGGGUACGUUGCGGCGGCCUUGAAUCCGCUGCCGUUCAGUUGUGGAUUGGGAUUCGGAGUGGGCAGCGCGGGCGAAAUUGCGGACGAGAGAUGGAGGAAGCAGCAGAUAAUGGAGUUGGAGGUGUACUCGAAGCGGUUGGAGUUGGUGCAGGAUCAUAUCAAGGCCACUAUAGAGGAGCUGCGCUCCAGCGGAGGAGGGUGAUUUAAGAUAUUCGAGUUUCAUUCCUCGAGUCCAAGCCCUCGUACACUAGCAGUACAUGCGAUUUCAGUUCGGCUUGUUCCUGAUUUGGGGAAGGUUCUUUUGGGCAGAUUGAGGAGCAACAAUACAAUUGGGGGGGAUAGUGUUCUUGAUUUCUUACAAAUGCGUUGAGAAGGAACAAACUGCUGAACAGUCUGGAUCAAUAGUAGUUCCUCGCUCGUUUGCCCGUUUAGCUUUGCCUCACGAAGUGGAGCCUUCUCGUUUGUCCUCAGUGCCUCAGAACAGGGCUGUGCCCAAGCAAGACAUACUUUGCAAAGAUUUCAAAGUCUGUUGGUAAAAGAAAAGAAACAUAUAAUAAAAAAACUGUUGCUUGUUCAUCGCAUUCAUAUAUAGCUGUACUACGGGCGGUAUCUCUUCCGCUCCCUUCCGGCACCUACGAUAUUAGAGUCGGAGACCGUAUCCUAGUCGCCGACCAAAAGAAAAGUUAAAGGGAGAGAGAGGAGUGAAGUUGAUUCUGAAUUGAGCGUGACCCUUAGGGGUUGGCCUUCGUUGGUUAAAAAGACAGGCAUGAUCCUACUAGAGCCAAGUAUUGGCUGAGAUAGAUACUGCCGAAGCAAAGCUUCUUAGACCGAAGUAUCUUUGGAUGCUUUUGUCAAGCGGCCGACAAAUCUUUGGCUGCGAAA